CUGGAAAUCCCCCACCCUGUGUUGACUCCUCCCCCUCCGGCACUACUGAGAAUUUAAAGCUGGUGUAUGUCAAGAUCCGAAUUACUACCAGCACUGCAGCCAGUGUCAACAAUGGACCUUCAUCGAGCUAGUAUCCUCAACCACAUGGAUUAUAACACUGAUGCUCGACAUUCUAAGGAUAGGAAAGUGCAAUCUAUCAACGAAGAGCGGCUGGACAGCGGCCUUGACUCUCUCAAAGACGAGGAAUAUGAAGUUGUCGCCAGUGAGCUCGAGUGUCUUCGUGUGGAUUGUUCCUCACCGCAGAGAGACGAAUACGGCAAUGAACCUUGGAAGGAACACGUUUUAGAGGACGGAGACACGCUUCUCCACCUUGCCAUUAUCCAUGAAGCCAAGGACUGUGCAAGGAAGUUGAUAGAGCUGUCCUGCAAUGAGCCUUUCCUCAAUCAACAGAACUACCAGAGACAGACUCCGCUCCAUCUGGCUGUGAUCACAGAGCAGGCUGAGAUAGUGGAGCGUCUGCUGAGGGCUGGCUGUGACCCAAUGCUAGUGGACGACAGUGGCAAUACAGCCCUCCACAUCGCCUGUAGGAAGGGCUCUCUCACCUGCUUCAGUGUACUCACCCAGACCCAGGGCUGCUCUACCCAGCUCCCAGCCAUCAUGGCCACACCAAACUACAGUGGUCAGAACUGUUUGCAUCUGGUCUCUAUCCAUGGCUUUCUCUCGCUUGUGGAGAGCCUUGUUGCUCUCGGAGCUGACAUCGAUGCACAGGAGCAGUGUAAUGGCCGCAGCCCUCUUCAUCUGGCUGUGGACCUACAGAACCUGGACUUGGUACGGCUCCUGGUCAAUAACGGUGCUAACGUCAACAGCCUGACCUAUGGAGGUCACACGCCGUACCACUUGACCUACGGUCGCCAGAACGCCGCCAUCCAAAGGGAACUGUAUGAGCUGACGGCUCAGGAGUUGAGAGAACUGCCAGACAGUGAGUCUGAGGACAGUGAAGAAGAGGGACAGUCUGAUGAGGAAGAGGUAACAUGUUGGUAUGAUGACAUUCAAUGGAAUAUGCACAAGUAGGAAGUCGACCGAAGAACCUGUAGAGAACAGUAGUACAGACAGGGAGAAGCUCUGCUGCCCACAGGCUCUAGCUAUGGUACAGUGGCAUGCCCAGCAGUGGUGCCAACCUCAGAGGUUGAGGAUGGCAGAAGGCUGGGGUACACGCUAGGACUGACAUAGUGAUGAUGGACAGUGUGAACCAAUGGAAGAUGCCAAAUAAACUAAAUGGAUGCCAAUAAAUAAUGGUCUUUAUGGCUCUCUGAUAGAUACUCAUUAUCACAAAGCUUACAUCCAACCAACGAUGUAAUAGCAUCAGCAUGUAUUAUAUUGUAAAUGGCUGUGAAUACAAAUACAUAUAUUUUUUUAUAACUGUAAAUGUAUAAAGUUUGACAUUACUGUAAAUGUUAUCCAUUGCGUGAGGAAAGGUAAAGCAAACCACAAACUCCAGUAAAUUAAAACAUGACAUUUAACUUCG